GCGCUUGUUGCCCCUAACGGUAAUUAGAACGUCACUAAAUCAUGGAGCGACCACAAGAGUAUGAAGGUUCCUUCUUGCCUUUAGCCCCCCAUGAUCCUCCUACUACUUACCCCAGCUCUUCUCUUCAUCGCGUUCCUUCUCCUCCUACUGAUUUCUCUCUCAGUUCCAAUAAUCAAGACUAUCUAUCUCUUCCGUUUAGCGACCUCCGCUACUUCCGACUUGCUUCGUUCUGGCGCCUCCGGUGCUGUUGAUUUCGGUGUCUGGGGCUACUGUGCUGAUGCCAUCGCAGUCUCCGUUUUCGGCUUUGAUCGCGAUGCCUCUGCUCAAUGCUCUGAUCGUCAUCUAGGUUAUGGGUUCGAUAGCACCGUGGCCCGCAUUCUACGUGUCGAGGACUUCAACGACAUCAUCACCAAGACCACCACUGCCGCGCUUGUCCUUCACCCUAUAGCGUGUGGCCUAACUUUCUUGACGCUUCUCGUCUCCCUUUUCAUGCUUCGUCGCGGCUCAAACGGGACCUCUCGUUUUCCUUCACUUCUUACCCUCGGCAUCGGCAUCCUGACGGCCCUACUCACAACCAUUGUUUUUCUCAUCGAUGUCAUUUUUGUCGCGGUUAUCCGAGGUCGCGUUAACGACCGGACAGAUGGCGAAGUCACCCUCGGUUACGGGAAUGCCGUCUGGAUGGCUCUCGGAGCUGCUCUCGCUAUCUGGCUCGCCAUGGUUGGCGCCUGCGGAGGCGUUUGCGCGUGUGGCAGUCGUCGAUUCAGGAAAUCUGAGCGGUAUUGAUCACUUGUGGACAAUCAAUUGUGACUUCUGAUCGAUUCUGUCGGACUCCGACAUCUCUGACGGACUUUUCCUCCUUCUCCCUUACGAACACGACCCUGUUCUUACCUCCUCCGCCUUUCUUCAGCGCGAAAGUCAUGAACUCUGAGCUCUGAAAUCAUCUGCCAUUUGUUGCCAUAAAGUAUGAGCCGGGAAUGUGUAUAUGUAUCUAUCGUCUUGUCUUGCAUACAUCACGACUAUCAAUCAAACGGUUGAUUCAAUUGUCAUGGACCCUCUCGAUCUCAGAAGGCAUCCUAACC